GGUCAGGUAGAGGCCGCACUGGUACAGGAGCAUCAGUCUGCGGUGCUGGGAGUCUGGGCAGGAGGCUGCGGAGGCACCGAGGCCUACACCAAAACACAGCUGGUUCAGGAUGUGUCCAGAGUAAAUGACGGCUCUGUGGUGACAGUGAUUGCUUGCAAUGUAUCAGGUAUCUGUUGGGAAAGAUGAUGAACCUCUGGAUUGUUGGGUCCCCUGCGUUCUCCCUGAAGACUCCUGUUGACUUGCAUUUCACACAGAAUCCAAGGAAUGUUUCUCCACUCGUACUAGCUGGGCUCCAGCUCUUCUGCAGUUUCACUCCUCUGAUCAGCACACCAUUAGAUACCUAACAGUUGUCAUGGAAGCUGGCCAUAGCUGCCAAGAGGAAUCUACAUGUCUAAAGUCCUCCGCUUCUGUCUGUGAAACUCUGGAUGAGGUUCCCUGUGACAGAGUGGAUAUUCUCCCAAUACAGACGGGAUCAUGUGUGGACCAGCAAACUUCAGGAAAGCAGAAAAAAAAUCCUUUCAAAUUCUUUGGCGGGAGAAAGAGUAUUUGUACACUGCCCAGCUUCUUUGGAGGAAAGCACAAAGGUUUAGGAAAAGGUAACUCAAGGAAAUCAGUGAGUAAAAGCAAGACCCAUGAUGGCAUCAGUGAUGUGCAUGCUGUGGAUAAUAAAGAAGGUUACUCAGCUAAUACCAUCAGCCGAUAUCAUGGUGGUGAUCCUUCUACUCCAGGAUGUACCCUUCCCAGCUCCCAUAGUGCUGACUCUGGGAUUACUUCACCAGUUAAGCUUGACUUUAAUUACCAUGACAUGUCCCCAAUGGGAAGCACAGAAUGUUUUGAGAAAAAGCUGAAUGGCGAUAAAUCGUUCUCUUUUCCCAGACCAAAGAAAGGGCUGAAGGGAUUAUUCAGUAGUAUCCGUCGUCACAAAAAAACCAAAACCCCUAACCCAGAAAAGUGUGAGCGAUAUGACCAUAUAACGCAGAGCGUCAUAUUAGAGCAGUUAACUAGAUAUUCCUCAGAAGAUGGUGGUCUGCAGGACAGCAGUGAGCAACCAAAGAUCAGCCACCUACACUCUGAUAUAUCUUCAUUGAAUGUAACUGUUGAGACUGAGAAGGAAGAGUUACCAGCUUGUUCAGUAAGCAUAUCUGAUAUUCCACCACACAAAACUGAUGAAUUGCUUGUAGAAAACUGUGACGUUCCCUCUGUAGAUCAAAAUCCUAUCAGUGAUUCUAAACCGGAUGGCUUUAUUGAUUGUUCUGAUCCUAAAGAGGUAUCUGCUGAGAGUGGAAAACCUGAAUCUGACAGAGAUCCUCUUCCUUCAGCUGCUGACCAGCUUAGUCUGAUGUUUGAGGAUGUUUCAUCCCUGAAGAGUUUUGACUCAUUUACAGGUUGUGGAGAUAUCAUUGCUGAACAAGACAUUGACAACAUCAGUGAUAAUUCCAUUUCUGUAGAAAGAAGUAGAGAGGCAACAAAGAGAAGCUCCUGCCUUGUUACCUACCAAGGAGGUGGUGAGGAGAUGGCAACCCCGGAUGACAUGGAAGAAGAGUAUCUUCAGCAGCUGUUAGAAAAUGGCAAUGAAGCGGAUGCCAGCUAUGGAAUGGAAGAUGAAAAGGAACAUGACAAUAUGUCUAAAAGCUUUACUGAAUUGGAACCUAAUGCUUACGCCAUGGCUGCUGAAGAUGCCUUUGUUGACAGGAGUGUUCUUAGUAACACAGAAUUGCUAACACCUCAAAGUGAUCAGCAAGAGUCUGCUCCAAACAGUGAUGAAGGGUACUAUGACUCUAACACGCCUGGCCCUGAUGACGAUGGUGGAGAAGGCUUUUCCCAAAAGGAACGUCUUCCCAGAGACAGCUACAGUGGUGAUGCACUUUAUGAGUUUUACGAACCUGAUGACAGUUUAAUGAGCCCUGCUCCUGGUGGAGAGUCUCUAUACGACAACAAAACCAUCUGCUCAGAAAUAUUUGAUCAGUUUUUUGACUUUAGUCUUCCUGUAGACAGUGACUUAAUUCAGAAUAUUGAACACAAAUUGGGAGCAACUGAGACAGAAGAAGAAAGGUUGGCUGUCAUUCAGAAACAGUUGUUGUUCUGGGAAAGGCAACGAGAAGCAGCAAUGAAAGGGAUGGAUCAUCUAGGUAAAGACAUUUUUUCCAAAGAAAAUCAAAACCUUGAAUGUGAAAUGAGAACUGCUAGCUUAACUGGCAAAAACAAGGACUACCUUAUGAGGGACCAAUAUGCAUUACCAAAUUUCAACAAAGAUGGAGCUGACAAAGGACUACAAAAUGCUCAACCUGACAAACUUGGCUGGAAAGACACUUUAACAGAUGCUAUAAAACAGGGUGGUUACAUGCGGGACCUCAAGGGAAAUGGCUUCGUAGAAGAUUCUGGUUUUGAGUUGAAUGUCGAUGGCCUUGGAACUCAAGACCAGAAUGUCGCAAGAGUGACGAAUGUUUCUAAGCUUUCCAACCCAAAUGUUGUCCCUAUGGACCACGUUAAGAAUGUAUUUGAUUCUGACUUUUCCUCCAUUUCUGGAUAUAGUCAAGAAAACGAUUGUGAGCAGGCUGUAAACUUCUCUGAGACACUGGUUGAGUUUGCUAAUAAUGGCAUGUUAUUUUCAAGUAUUUCUGAAAGACUCGGCAACACUGGUUCAAGCUCAUCAUUCCAUCACACUCUUAAUGCUCUUCCUACUAUGGUGACCUUUGAUAUUGUAGAUGUAGAAAAUGAAGGGGAGUGUGAGCAACAGCUAGACCUAAGUCCAGACGAAGAUGUUGUUUCAUCAUUUGAGGGUUUUGAUCACAGCUAUGUACAAGAGUCCCUAGCUGAGUGUGAUGAACAACUGCUGCAAAUGGACUCUCAUCAUUCUUUCCAAAGCUAUAACUGGGGAGUGACAAGUCUUCCUCGUCACUUGGACCACUAUAAACUAAGUCCUUCAAGUCCAGUUCCACUUUCACUUAACAGAAGAAGUAAAUCUCUUGACACAGAACGUUUAGCACUAGAGCUUGGAGCUUUGCAUAUGCCCAAGAGUGGCCUGAAAUCCUGUGAUGACCUUGUUCCCUGGGAGGAUGAAAAGACUUCACAUCUGCAAGAAUUAUCAUGUGUACCUGGAGAAUUUUCAGCUCUUAAUAGGUGUGAUCUUUUGGAGCAGAUAGUUCCAACAAAAGGGCAAUUUGAAACUUACACACCAGUCCUGCCUUUGAAACAGGGCUACAGCAGAGAGCCUCGGGGUUCUAGCUCAAGUAGCCAGCUACCAGGGGACACUAAACAGAUUGCAAACACUAUAGACCUCUUACAGUGUAACACUAGACAGUCUCGGGAGGACGCCAUCUCCUUUCGAUACUCUAGAGAAAACACUACAAAGAUCCUUGCCCGUGUCCCACCACUGGAAGAGCUGAGGGGUGUACAUAUAGAUUACAGUUAUGAUUAUCACACCCCUCAAAAACAAACAAGAAUUAAACCAGUGGGCAUUACACAAGCAAUGCCCCAACAACACAAACAAGAAGACUUUGGUUCCUUGCCAGACUAUCUGGAAAGGUCUGACCCAACCAAGAAGGGGAGUUUGGACCUUAGAGGACUGGCAGCAAAUGACUGGAGUAACAGUUACAGUGAAUGUUCAAACAGCUAAAUUAUUAUAUAAGUGGGCUUUUGUGCUUUUACUAGAAAUCCUAUUAGGGAAUUUAAAAGUCUAUGACAUGGCUUUAAUAGCCAGCCAAAACAGAGGAAACGUCUUGUAUACAUUUAGCCAAUGUAGUAAUUUUAUUCCCCCCCCCCCAUAUUUAUUUUACUUCAUAUUUGCAACAUGUUUGCCAGCACACUUCAUUUGUGGUUAUUUUAUUAGGCUGUUUAGAUAUGAAUUUCUCUAGCACCGAGGUGGGUCAAACCUCAUAUACAUAUAGUGAAAUUGAGGCACACAGAUUUUCAGUGUUGCAAUUAAACUCUUUAUUUAGUUUCACAGUAGUUUCA